AUGGGUGGAGUUGGAUUCCCUGAACACGAGUUCCUCCAAUGCUGCAACGGUUUCCCAACCAUCACCAAAGCCACAACCUUUCUUCUCCACAUCAACAAAUCCUUAAAAAGCCAAUGUGGGACUUCUAACAAUGGUUUGGCAGUAAAAAUAGGACAAAAGAUGGCUGAAUCACUAGGCAUAGAAGGUAUUGAUUUCGGGGAUUGGCCAUGUCAGUUUAGAAUGAACAAAUAUAACUUCACCCCAGGAGCUAUAGGUUCACUUGGAUCUCCACUACACACUGAUUCUGGGUUUCUAACAAUUCUUCAAGACGAUGAAAAUGUCGGUGGUCUCGAAGUGAUGGACAAUUCUGACUCAUUUGUGCCUAUUCCUCCAUUUGCAGGAACCCUUCUUGCAAAUCUUGGUUGCUCAUGUAAGUAUGCAUGGAGUAAUGGAAGGUUUAGCUAUGUGAAGCACCAUGUACAAUGUAAAGAAGCCAGUACACGUUUUUCAAGUGCUACAUUCAUGUUAGGGCCAAGGAGUGGAAAUGUUGAGGCCCCAGAAGAGGUGAUAGACCAUGAUCACCCACGUCUAUAUCAGCUUUUCAAUUAUGAAGAUUAUAGGAAGCUCAGGCUCUCAGAGAAAAUGUACACGGGUGAAGCACUUGAGUUGUUACGCCUGGCCUAG